AUGGUUUUCGAAGCAUUCGAAGUCGGCACUGUGCCUUUCAAUUCCGAUGGAUGGGGUCCUCCAGAUGCCUCCGACACUUCAUCCUCCGCUUCCUCCACCAGCGUCGCGGCGGCGAAUCUCCUCCCGAACGUCCCUUUCGCAUCCUUCUCUCGUUCGGAGAAGCUCGGACGCGUCGCCGAUUGGACUCGAGCUCUAUCCAAUCCCUCCGCUCGUCCUCCCACUGGAUCCAAAUCCGAUCCGUCCGCGGUCUUCGAUUUCUCCGCUUUUGCAGUAGACGAAGGAUUCGGACUCGCUAAUUCCGGCGGAAACGCCGACGAAGACGCAGCUUUCCGAUUGGUCGACGGCAAACCACCGCCACGUCCCAAAUUCGGACCCAAAUGGAGAUUCAAUCAGUAUCACAACAGGAACCAGCUUCCUCAGCGCCGUGACGAAGAAGUCGAAGCGAAGAAACGUGAAGCUGAGAAGGAUCGUGCUCGUCGCGAUCGUCUCUACAACCUCAACCGAAACAACAUCCACCAUCAACGCCGUGAAGCCGCCGCGUUUAAGUCAUCAGUCGAUAUCCAGCCGGAAUGGAACAUGCUCGAGCAGAUUCCUUUCUCCACUUUCUCGAAGCUCUCCUUCACCGUCCAGGAGCCAGAAGAUCUCCUCCUCUGCGGUGGUCUCGAGUACUACGAUCGGACUUUCGAUCGCAUCACUCCUAAAGCCGAACGCAGGCUCGAGCGUUUCAAGAACAGGAGCUUCAAGGUCACCACAAGCGACGAUCUCGUCAUCAGACGUCUCGCUAAAGAAGACAAAGCGACCGUCUUCGCCACCGACGCUAUCCUCGCCGCUCUCAUGUGUGCUCCUAGAUCGGUUUACUCUUGGGAUCUUGUGAUUCAGCGUGUUGGGAACAAGCUCUUCUUCGAUAAGAGAGAUGGGUCAGCACUCGAUCUGUUAUCCGUUCACGAGACUUCUCAGGAGCCUUUACCUGAGGCCAAAGACGAUAUCAACUCUGCUCAUUCUCUAGGCAUGGAGGCUGCUUUCAUCAACCAGAAUUUCGCGCAGCAGGUUUUGGUUAAGAACGGUAAAAGAGAAACCUUUGAAGAGCCAAUCCCUAAUGUUAACGAAGGUGAAGAGAAUGCUUCUAUUGCUUAUAGGUAUAGGAGAUGGAAGCUUGAUGAUAGUAUGUAUCUAGUUGCUAGGUGUGAGUUACAGAGCACUGUUGAUCUGAAUAACCAGAAAUCUUUCCUCACUUUGAAUGCUCUUAACGAGUUUGAUCCAAAGUACUCUGGUGUUGACUGGAGGCAGAAGCUCGAGACUCAGAGAGGUGCGGUUUUGGCUAACGAGCUGAAGAACAAUGGUAACAAGUUGGCUAAGUGGACUGCACAGGCUCUGUUGGCUAAUGCGGAUAUGAUGAAGAUUGGGUUUGUGUCUAGGGUCCAUCCUCGUGAUCAUUUCAACCAUGUUAUACUAUCGAUUUUGGGUUACAAGCCGAAGGAUUUCGCAGGGCAGAUCAAUCUGAACACUAACAACAUGUGGGGGAUUGUGAAGUCGAUUGUUGAUCUGUGUAUGAAGCUGAGUGAAGGGAAGUAUGUUCUUGUGAAGGAUCCGUCUAAGCCUCAAGUUCGGAUUUACGAGGUUCCUGCUGAUGCUUUUGAGAACGAUUAUGUGGAAGAGCCUCUCCCUGAAGAUGAACAGGUUCAGCCAACUGAAGAGAACAACGCUGAAGGAGAAGCAGAGACUACUAAUGGAGCUUCUUCCACUAAUGAAGCUACAGAGGACAAGAAACCCGACGAUCAAGCCUGA